UGUGUCAGACAUCCAACACAAGGGGAUGAGUGCUGAUCCCAUCACUAGUUAUGCGGAAGAUGAGUGAAUUGGAAGGACUUGUACAUUUUAAGGAAGCUUUUAUUUAGCCACCUCCACCCAUAGCCUGGUAAUUCCCUAGCUGAAGCAGUGGGGAGGGCAGCGCAGGAUCACACACUAUGUUACUCAGCAUUUCAUUCACAGCACCAGGGAGAGGAGGCAGAGGCAUGUAGGCAGAGGAGGCAGAGGCAUGGGGGUCCCGCAGUAACCUCUGACACAGAUCACAAGGAGGCUCAGGCGGGAUUCCUUUCCUCUGUACGACAAGGAUGAGCCUAGGAGAACCAUGUGGACCUUCCAAUCCGACCGCCGUGUCCCCAGCUUAGUUUGGUAGAAGGCACUGUGAUCAGCAUCAUGGAUGAGUUUCACCCGUUUAUUGAAGCUCUGCUCCCUCACGUUCGAGCCUUUGCAUACACAUGGUUCAACCUUCAGGCAAGGAAACGGAAAUACUUCAAAAAGCAUGAAAAGAAGAUGACCAAGGAUGAGGAGCAAGGGGUAAAAGAUGAGCUGCUGAACGAGAAGCCUGAAGUCAAGCAGAAGUGGGCGUCACGCCUUCUAGCAAAACUACGCAAGGAUAUCAGGCCAGAGUUCCGUGAGGACUUUGUACUGUCCAUAACUGGAAAGAAAGCAGCCAGCUGUGUCCUCUCCAAUCCUGACCAAAAAGGAAAGAUGAGGAGAAUUGACUGCUUGCGACAGGCGGAUAAAGUGUGGAGAUUGGACCUAGUGAUGGUCAUCCUGUUCAAAGGAAUUCCAUUGGAGAGCACAGAUGGGGAGAGAUUGGUGAAGGCCGCCCACUGCUCCAACCCUCAACUAUGUGUGCAACCACACCACAUCAGCGUAUCUGUCAAAGAGCUAGACCUUUACUUGGCUUACUUCAUCCGAGAAAGAGACUCUGAACAGGACAGCAGCCCUCGCACAGCUAUUGGUUCAGACCUUGAAGACACUAAACCUAUCAAUUUGGAUAUGACAGAUUUCCAGGAGAGUUUUGUCACCUCUGGCGUUUUCAGCGUCACAGAAUUAAUUCAAGUAUCUAGAACUCCAGUUGUCUCUGGUGCAGGUCCCAAUUUUUCUCUGGGAGAGCUACAGGGGCACCUGGCAUAUGAUUUAAACCCUUCGGGAACUGGAAUGCGAAGGACUCUGCCCAGCACAUCGUCUAGCGGGAGUAAGCGACACAAGUCUGGCUCUCUGGAGGAUGACAUUGACACCAGCCCCGGGGGAGAGUUUUAUACGUCACCUUCUUCUCCGACUGGGAGCAGUCGAAAUUGGACUGAGGACAUGGAGGGAGGUAUGUCACCUACAGUGAAGAAGUCCGAAAUGGACAAAUCCCCGUUUCACAGCCCAUCCCCUCAAGAUACAUCUCCAAGAAUCAGCGGCUUCACCCAACAUCACCGGCCAGUCAUAGCUGUGCACAGUGGCCUUGCCCGUAGUCCUCACACUUCUACUACAUUACACUUCCCUACUUCCUCCCUUAUUCCUCAAGCUGCCUCCACCUACUUUCCCCAUACAGCCAUUCGCUAUCCCCCUCACCUCAAUCCACAGGACCCACUGAAAGAUUUGGUGUCCCUUGCCUGUGACCCUUCCAACCAGCAGCCUAGUCCGCUGAAUGGGGGUGGCCAGGUGAAAGUUUCAAGUCACUAUAUCUCAACUCAGAUGUUGGCCCCACCCCCACCAGGCAUGCCUCGUCUAUCGUUACCCUCCGACACCAAAUCUACCACUGCAUCAGACGGGGGCACAUCCUCACCCACAUCUCCAACAUAUUCCGGUCCUGGCACGCCUCCUGCCAACCGAUCCUUUGUGGGACUUGGCCCCCGCGACCCUGGGAGUCUCUAUCAGGCACAAUCAUGGUACCUUGGAUAGUGACCUGAGCCACUGGAGUCAACAGGCAGAAGUUGAAGAUCCUUGUUCAGGUUCAAGUCCACAGGCAACACAGAGGAAAAAAAAAACUUUCUAAAUAAGGCAUUUGAAAAGAGGAAAUAUAAUUUCAUUUUUUUUUCUAAAAAAAAACAAACAAAAAAAGGAAAUAAGAAGAAAGCCAGUGAUAUCCUAUAGAGCAACAAAAGAAAGAAGCGGGUCAUGAGAGAAGAUCCUUAAAAUGUUUUUGGGGCCCUGAACUUCAAACAAAAAAAAAUGGGGGAAAUACUGCGUUACUCUCCCCCAAACCUUUGUAUGGCUUCAAUUUCUGCUUGAAAGACAAUAUAAGCAAAAGAAUAUAUAUAUAAGUAUAUACACAUACAUUAAUUUGAUUUUAAUCACUUUUAUUAUCUUCAGUCCUUCUACAAAGUGGUUCAUUACUGGCCACCAAGAAGGAAGAUGAGGAAGGAAAUGUCUUCUUCCUUUGAUUAUAUGUUACUCCUAUUUUGUAAGUACAUGAUAUACAUUCACAGGACUUUUUUUUUUGCCCCUCCUGCUCCUCAAAAGAUGAUUUGACCUGUUUCUGGCUGAAGGAUUUUGUCUGAUAGCAGCUUUGGCAGCUUUGAAUUUAGGGAAGAACUGGGUGUUUGCUUAAUGCACAGGCCAUGGGUCAUAACAGAGCAACAGAUUUUUGUUCUUGCACCUUAAGCCUUGUAGAAAAAUGCAGGGCCUUGUCUUUGUCUCUUCUCAUAGUAUAUAUGUGUAUGUAUGUAUAU